AUGAAAAGGUGUCUCGCGUUCUUGGUCUUAAUCGGAGUUGGCUGCGCGACGGCGAAGCUGAACCGAGUGCCAUUGCAGAGGCAGAGCAACUUCACCAAGACCCAUGGCAACGUGAAGGCUGAGAAGACGCUGCUGGCUGCCAAGUAUGUGCUGGAAGCCACGGCCAGCACGGAGUCCACCGAGACGCUGCAUAAUUAUGUGAACAUGGAGUACUACGGCGUGAUUGGCAUAGGCACACCGGAGCAAAACUUCAACAUACUUUUCGACACGGGAUCGUCCAACCUGUGGGUGCCGAGCGCCAAGUGCCCGGCCAGCAACGAGGCCUGCCAAAAGCACAACAAAUAUCACUCGGGCCAGUCCAGCACGUACGUGGGCGAUGGAACGACAUUUAGCCUCUCUUACGGCACCGGCAGCCUCUCGGGUUUCCUCUCAACGGACACGGUGUCGGUGGCGGGGCUAAAGAUCCAGGACCAGACAUUCGCUGAGGCACUCCAGGAGCCGGGCUCAACCUUCGUUUCGGCGCACUUUGCCGGCAUCUUUGGACUGGCCUUCAAGGCGAUUGCCGUGGAUGGCGUGACCCCGCCAUUUGACAACAUGAUCGCACAGGGCCUGCUGGAUGCGCCUGUCUUCUCCUUCUAUCUGCUGCGUCAGGGCACCGCAGUGCAAGGCGGGGAGCUCAUCCUCGGCGGAGUAGACUCCAGCCUUUACACAGCGCCUCUCACCUACGUGCCAGUCUCGGUGGCCGGCUAUUGGCAGUUCAAGGUCAACGCCGUGAAGACAAAUGGCAUCGUUCUGUGCAGUGGCUGCCAGGCCAUAGCCGACACGGGCACAUCGAUGAUUGUCGUGCCAGCCACGGCCUAUGCGCAGAUCAACCGCCAGCUAGGAGCCACCGAUAACGGGGAUGGAGAGGCGUUUGUGAAGUGCUCUCUGGUCUCCUCGCUACCCAAGGUGAACUUGAAUAUUGCUGGCACAAUCUUUACCCUAGCCCCCAAGGACUACAUCGUGAGGUUAACGGAGAGCGGUCAGACCCGCUGCAUGUCCAGCUUUACCUACAUGUCCGGGAACAGUCUGUGGAUUCUCGGCGACGUUUUCAUUGGCAAGUUCUACACGGUCUUCGAUAAGGGCAAUCAAAGGAUUGGAUUUGCCCAAGUAGCUGCCUAA